AUGCAUUCCCAUCUCCAUACCCCCUACAAUAUCAACUGCGAGGAAAUCAUGACUGCCCUCGACGAAUGUCAUGCCCGUGGAUUCCUUUACAAGGCCCUCGGAAACUGCAACGAUAUCAAACGCGAUGUUAACCGCUGUCUUGCCUCUGAGCGUUUUGACCGGGCCAAGCGGAACCGGGAUGAGGCACGCUCCAACCGUCGGCGAAUCGAGGAUAUCUGGGCGAAAGAGCGGGCAAAGGAUGCCAGUGCUGUUCCAACUUCUACGAACGCUGCUUCUGAGACCACUAAAUCGAACCAAUGA